UCUUUCUGUAGAUAAGGUGCCUUAAUUAUACCUCGAGUAGUAGACUGUCAAGUUUAUGUUCAAAGUUAACAGUUACUUUCCGCUUUGAUAUUCACAACGGUUGAUUGUUUCUAGAUUGUUUUUUUGUAUUAAAUAAAUCUUCAACCUGCUAACCUGAUCGUUCUUUGAACUUCUAAUUUAUAUAAGAGGAUAUUAAGUCUUGGUAAGAGCUUUUGCAGCAGUUAAUACCACUAGGCCUAUAGAAGGAAUAAAAAGGUUAAUGUGAACGCCUGUACCAGGAACAAGACUUGACAUUGUCCUUGAUUCGCUUUGGGAUCCUUGGAUGUUGUUUGAUUUUUACUUUCUGUCUUCAAUAUUAGCAUGACUUGACGACUUUAUGAUUGUCAGCUCCAGUCUUAUUAUUGCGGAAAUGUUUCCAACAUAGUGUAAUCCGUCCCUCCAUCCUGGAAGUCUUCUGAAAGAAUUAGUCAAUUCUUGUACGGAAGGAGUUAGUAAUCGAUCACCAUUCGCUAAAUAAGUGUGAACUUCUACAAAAUCUGUGCGUGUGAUUUGAGGCAAUUUUGCUAAUUGAUAGUAUUUCUGUUACUUAAAUUAAUUUUUAUUACGAUGCCUGGAAGAAAAAGGAGCAUCAAAUCGAGACUAUCUAAGCGCAGUAAAGCGCCGCCACCACCUCAAACAUUAAAGACGGACCAAAACAUGCCAGAUAUGGAUACAACAAAUGGUCAUGCCGCUACUCGUAGUGGCAAGUCUUCAACUAAUGGGACAAAACCAAAACCAAAUACUAGGAAUUUACGGGUCCAUAUGCCAAAUGGAAAAAUAGUCCAGGCAACCGUGGAUGCUAAUCUGUCUUCCAGCGAUUUAUUGGUGAUGAUGGCAGGGAAGAACAAGUUAAAUCCUGUGUCACAUAUGAUGAAGGUGCCAUCCAGUAGCCCAUUAGAGGAAUCAGUCUUACUGAAACCAAGUCAAUGUGUUGGUGACAUAAACGGUGACAUUGUGUUCCUUAUUGCAAAGCCUCAAAAAGAACAGUAUACUAUCAAAGGGGUCGAGAGGAAAACGGCUAAAUUUGAGAAUCGAAACAUAUUGCAAAAGGGCAUGCAGCCAGAGAAAACGAUUAGACUUACUGUCAACUAUGGAACCAAACACAAGAUGGUACUACGCAUCAAUCCAGACCGAACCCUGGCAGAUCUUCUGCCCCAGAUAUGUGAAGAGAAGGGAGUGGACCCUCAGCACCACACCUUGCGACUUCCCAAGUCCCCUUCAGAUAACUUAGAUUUAAGCAAGUCCCUCACAUCAUAUGAAAUAAAUGAACUCCAGUUGGUGGAUACUAGAGUCCCUAAUCAUGUACGAGUGAUGAUAUUGACAGCUCCAAAACAAGAACCAUCGGUUAUGCCAGAGUUAGUCGGGAAAAAGAAAAGUUUCUUUCAAAAAUGGAAGAAGAAGCAGAGUGGUUUUGAUGUUGAACAAGCACCAGUAGCAGUGGCAAAGCCAGAGGUCACCAGUCCAACGUCACCUACUAGACAACGCCCAGCUACGAUAUCAGCCACCCGAGUACCAUUAAAAGACAACACACAGAUCUCACGAACUCAGACCACAAAAAAGCGUGCUGCCCCAAAACCACCAACACCAAAUGAAGCAGCUGCCGUAACAGCAAAAGCUGCAUCCAGAAAGAAGAAAGCGCCAGCUCCUCCAAGACCAGACGGUGGCAUGAAAUCCCCUACCACGGAUGAUCCCCCAAAGAGAUUACCAGAUGCUGACCAUAAUAUGCCGCAUUCCAGUGUGUCAAAUGAGGAAUCAGUUGAGGCUGAGGUGCAUUCUAAGCCUACUGAUGAGGAACCUGUCAGCCCUGGGAACUUAAAUCGCAUACACUCUCAACGCCCCUUAUCCCCACCACCUCCACCUCCUGAAGCAGAUGAUACAGCACAAUUUAUCUUACCGACCCCCACUACAUCUCCCGAAUUAAAGGUGGAUCGGCCUACAUUUAUUGCUCCCCCUCCUCCAGAUGAGCCCCCUCCUGAAGAAGAAACGGAUGACCAAAGCGUAUGCUCAUCACAAAAUUCGGAUAUUGAGGAUGAUGAAGCAGAAAAUCACCAAGCAGUGGUAGAUGUAGGAGCUAUCGCAAGUGGGCAGCGACAUGUUGAGUGUACUUGCAACCAAGAAACAGGAGAGCAUGAGUGCAUACUACACAGACCACAAACUCCAGAGGGUGCUGUUGCAUGUGCUGCAGAAUUGGAAGCAGGUGAAUUACAAGAGUCAGGUUCUCCUGUUGAAACAAAUGGAGACCAAUCAGACCUUAAUUUUCAAACAGAUAAUGUACUAACCCGAGAACUUUCUGUAGGCUCUUCUGAUAGUAAGAUGGUGACGGUUUCUUCCUCUGCUUCUAAUGCUAGUGAUGACCUAGCAGUGACGGCUCCCUCUAACACCUCAAAUAGUGAUGAAGGCUGUUCAACCCUAAAUACAGACAGUGGAGCAUAUUGCAAUGUUAAAAUUGUACAGAAUUUCAAACCGCCCAGGCCUCCAAAGCCUCAACUUUGGCCACAAACCCCUCCCAAAUUACCACCUAAGGGUGCUAGUAAAAAACCAGUUCCCAGGCCUAGAGUCUCAAUGCAGACUACGCAGCAGGUUGAAAGGUUUACUGCCAAUGGUCAGCCUGUAGCUAUGGUAACACCAACCACUUCCUCACCCAAACCAACUGCUCCCCCAAGGCCUUGCCGACCUCCUAACCUUAGUGCAGCGGUUGCAGCUAACACAGAUGAAAUGGAACAGGGUACACUAAUACAAACACCUGCACAAACGGACGCUAACACUAAUAAUCUGGGUUCUCUUCACAAAUUCGCUAAACAAGUGGCCAAAGAUGAAGAGUUAAAAAAAGAAGAGGUGGAUACAUUAUCCUCUGAGCUCAUUAAUGACAAAGCUGUCAAAGAGGAUGCUGAAAGUAUAGAAGUUACUGUAGAUGGCAUUGAGAACAUUCCUAGCCAAGAUGACGACAAGAAAGUAGACGUUGGUUUGGAGGAUGCUACAUUGAAGCUUAAUGCAGAUGAUGAAAAUGCGGUUGCGAUUCAAGAGGAAAGUUCUACGAAGGAAGAUGAUAAAGAGGUCAGCGAAAAUGAGAAAAUUGUUGAGAACAGUGAUGUUGAGAUUAAUGAGAUUUCCGGUACUGGUAUUGUAAACAGUCUUGAUGUUGAAACUUCAAAACAGCUUACAGAGGAAGUUAAGGAAGACAUUAAAGAGGAACAAAAGGAAGAUGGUGAAAGAAUUGAUCAAAUAAAGCAACUUAAUGGUGAGUCUAGUGAAGUGUCUAACAUCACAAAUGGUGAUGUCAUCCCCGUUACUCAGAAAACGAAUGAAACCGAAAUCCAAAUGAAAGAACUUAAAGACAAAUAUGAAACUUUACAGCAGCAGUUUGCAACUCUCCAACAACAGAUGAUCAACAGUCAACAGAAUAUGCUGGAACAACAGAAGGCUCAAGCUGGUGCCCCCUCUCUUUCAGCCCAGGACAUGUUGGCACUUCAAACACAACAGAUGCAACAAAUGCAACAGCUCAUACAGCAACAAAUGUUACUACAAUCUCAGGGAAUGAUGAAAAUGCCGCAAAUUCCCGUUGCAAUGCAACCUGAUAGUCACGCAAUCACUCCGGUCCCAGCGGAAACAAUGAUACACAAAGAAGAUACAAAACCUCCAAAACCUCAUGAUUUGCAAGAAUUAAAGAAGUCUGAACCUCAUUCAGAAGAUUCCAAGAAACUACGGUCUCCUGAGACCGAAAAAGAUUUAGCUUCAGCCUUCCGUUCCUUAAAACCUAAACCAAAACCAAUGAAGCACUCGUAUAUCUUUUCUGCAGCGAGGAAACCACGUUCUGAGAGUGAUGCAUCACAGUCAUCAAACAUGGCGGGGUAUGAAAUGAGAAAGCGCUCAGAGUCAAAUCCUGAACCCCAACAACCACCAGCUAUCAAACCAUCUGAGACUGUCAAACCAUCAGAGGCUGUCAAGCCAACUGAGAACAUAAAUGUUAUUCAAGAAAAUGGAGAUGCUGAAAAGAAAACCCCAAAAGAGGCAAUUGUACACCCAAAUGUCAUCAUCAUUGACAAACCAGAAGACAAUUUAAAAAGCGAAACAUCUGUUUUAUCGGGACGAUCAUCUACUAUACCUCAGGCAACGGUUGCUCCCCAGCCUGCUAAAAAGUCAUCAGGCCGGACUGGAAAAUUCAUUGCAUAUCGAAAUCCCAGAACGGAGGAACUACAGGACAUUCAAACAAGUGGAAGUGUGUCAAAGUUUAGACAGAUGUUUGCCGGUAACAAUACAUAGAGGUGGCUGUUGAGAUGCCUGGAAUAUUUGCAGUCCUCUCCUGAAGAAGUACUUUAUUAUUUAUCAACAUUCUAAAGUGUAUCAACAAAGAAUAGAGCAAUAUUGAAUAAAUUCUUAGGUUUUAGUAACAAAAUCACCUCCAGAAAAAUUAAAGUACUACUUCAUAAUAGUACUGUAUUGGAACUGCCAAUUUUGGUUUAUUUUUGCAAUGCUUGUGGAGAGCUAAAAGAUGUAUAUAUUUGGAAAAAGUGAAAAACUAAUAUACAAAAUUCUAUGAAUACAAACUUGCUUUCUAAAAGAAUUAUGUUGUUAAGUUGUGAAAAAUAAUUACAGUAUAUAAAUUAUGAAUAUAAAUCAUGGAAUAUCUAUAUACAAAAAAAAUCUAUUACAUUUAUGUAAAAAAUGCUGUAGUGCAGUCUCAUUGUAAGAAAGGACUGGGGGUGAGGGGUUUGGCAUCCAGUUCUUGGAGUGGAUAGAUAUUUAAAAGUUUAAUAUUUAUAGAAAAACAAAUACAACAUGGUAUUAUUUCAAUAAAGCAGUGAAUUUUACUUACCUUGGAUAACUGGAACUACCUCCCUCCAAUUCGGAUUGCAAGGUACUGUAUUCCUAAUCAUCCAACACCUUGGAAAGUAGAAUUCACUGCUUCACAUCUAAUCAUGUUGUAUUCGUAUAUUUGAAUUCUAAAUAGGACUCAAUCUAAUCCAAUCCUAUCCUUAACUUGCAAGUUGCAUUAAAAUAAUGGCAAAGUGCUCUGAAAAUAUAACUAAACAAUCCUCCUAAAUCAUUAAAAUGCAACUACAGUAUUAAUCACCAUACUCAAUUGCCCUUUUUGGAACCCCACCUGCAAAUCUCUGUGAGUGUAAGUGAAGUUAAUUUAUGUUCUGAAGCAAUCUCUUGAUGUGCUUGUUUUAAAAUGGACAUGCACAUUUGUGACAUUGAAAUAUUGCAUUAGAUAUAUCACACCCCAACCACACAUUUAAAAUGUGUUGAGAAAAUAAAAUCUUAUUGAAAUGAUACUGUAAUUAGUUUAUUUUAUUUUUUUAACAAAAUAACUUAUAUUAAAAUGAUAUAAUCAAAUGAGCAACAUCUGGGGAAAAAAAAAUCAAAAAUUAGAUUUAGCAAUGAUUAAAUGUAUAAAGAAUCAUGUAGUUAUACUUAUAUAACACUAAAGGUUAUAUAAAUGGAAAUUGAGCAGGCUCUAUAAAGUAUAUAUCAUUUUGGUAUUUAAUUGUGGGGAUUCUCUUAGAAAAUGAUUAUAUUAUUUAUAUACUCCACAUAAAAUAUUUUAUUUUUAUCAUUUCGUUUAUAUAUAAGGUGGAUUUUUUUUUUUCAGCAAAUCAUUGAUUUUUGUAAAUAAUAUGAGAUAUCCAGACACUGAUGUACUUGCAUACACCUGAUAAGACUACUUAUAAUUAUAUACUUUGAACAUAUAUAAAAAAAAGUCAGUGGUAAAACUGUACUUAUGUAUAUCCUGGGUAUAUAAUUAAGAAUGUAAUUAUAUAAUUUGAAUGUACAAAGUUUAGUGAGAUAUCAUUUGGAAUAUUAGGCAAGUCCUACUAGUGUAUUUAUACUCAAAACAUAGCUUUAUUCGCAUUGGAGUUAACAAUGAAGAAAACUAUUUAUGUAGUGUACUGGGGAAUCAUAUGCGAGACAAUUUAUAUACUGCAUUAUAUAAUAGGCCUAUAUUGACAACAUACAUUCUUCCAUUGUAUGUACAUGGGCAAUACAUUGAAUACUUCUAUAGUGUAUUAAUACAUUGUCAACACUGUUCUUUUGAAGUAUAGGCUUCCAUCCUACAUACUGUAACUACAAUAGCCAAGUACUGUGCAUGGACAUACUGAAAAUGAGGGUUUGUAAUGACAGUAGGAUAUACUGAAUGUAGAAUUAAUACUUAUUAGUUUAUCAUAGGCCUACAAAAUGUACUUAUUUGUACACUUGGCUGAGAUGGGAACAAUACUUUGAUAUGGUUGACUAGUCGAUGAUGACUAGUCGAGUAAUUUGGACACUAUUCUGGUAAAUCACCAAAUCAAAACACAACUUGCCGCAUUGAUGUACUUAUUUAAAAUGUUUACUUAUGCAAUUUCUAUAUGUUAAUGAAGAAUUUUGUCAUCGAAAGUGAUGUGGGGUGAUAAAGAUUUUAGGUACAAUUAAUUUUUCAUUAUUUUACCAAUCAAUUAUCAUUUAGAUUAAUUUCUUCAAAAGCAAUAAAUUAAAAUGAAAAACUAUUGUUUAAAUAUUAGCAUACGCAUUCUGGCAAUGCAGGAGUUCUUGUAGGUUGUGAUCAUAUACACCAUGUUAUUCAUAAUGAAUCAGCAAAAUAUUUAAAAUAACUUGAUAGAAAAUGUUACCUUGAGAAAAUAUGACAUAUGAUAUAUUAGAAAUUAUUCUUUUCUGAGAUAUCUAUAACCUUGUAGCCAUUUUCCCCAUCUUGAUUUAUAAUAUGAAAAUACGUAUAUCAUUAUUAUUCUUUAUUAUUUAACAUGACAGUAAAAUAAAUAAUAUGACAUGAGACAAA